CCAGACUCUGGUCUCAUUAGGUGAGGAGCUGUGUCUGUGAGAUCAGGUCCCAAGUGCACUGGAUGCUUCACGGAGACACAGAAAGGAAUCCAAGCCCUCAAGCCAGUGGUGAUCUCCAGCAUAGAGCGAGGAGAAAAUCUGUGUGGGCCAGGUCCUAUAGAAGAUGAAGAUGGGGACAUCCUGAGAGGAACCCACCCAGGUUGGGAGGCAACAUCAUGUUGUGGGACUGAGGAGACCUGGACUGUAUUCCUCAUUCUGCCAAUGAGCUGCUGGCAGAUCUUGGACAAUAUUGUAUUAAUUCAUAUAGACUAUGUGGGCCCAAAGAGACAAAGGUGUUAACAUGACACUGUUAUGGCCAACAUUAAAGAGUGUUAAAUAAGGUUUGGAAUACAGAGAGAGUAGCCUGCUGUAUGCCAUGGAAACACCAUGAAAAAUUCUUUUUAAUCUUUUAUUAAAUAUACAGAAAAAGAAGGAAAAAGAGUUGAGUCAUUGUAGGUAUUAUGUAAGACUUUUAUUUUGACAGUGUCCCUUGUUGCCUUUCCCUUUAGCUGGAGAGAGUCUUUAGACAAAAGGCCUCUGUUUGAACGUCUUUUAGAUGGUAUUAAAGAUGGUAAUAACUGUCCUUUUGGGGAAAAGAAAAGCAGUUAAUUGAAAUGGACUGGAGCUGUUGUUGAUAUUAUUAAAAUCCGAUCCCGUUCCCUAGGAGACAAAACAGAACGAACCCACACAAGAGGGAAGAGAAAAGAAUAGCAAAGAUAGAACAUGCGGCUUCUGUCUCGGGUUUACUCUUACUUGGUGCUUCGCUGCUGGAGAAACACAGGCACGGCACACGGUCUGAUCAGCCAAUUGGAGACCUGCCUGGCAAACCUGUAACAGUGUUGGUCUGUUCUGGACAAUGCAUUUGCCUGCCUCUUUGAUCACAGGCUUACAGCAAUGUUGCAAACUAUGGCAGUUUUGGCCAGCUAAGCCAGAUUCUUAUUUACUAGAAGGCAAAGGGAGAAGAGUAAGAAUGAGAAGAAAUAUGUGGGGAAUGAAAAGAAUUCAUGGGAGAUAAGAGGGACAGGGGGACAAAAAUCUCACAUUCCAGGUGGUUUUGGGGAGUUAGCCAGAACUGGUAACGGUGGCAAUAUCCUCUGGCUCCCUCUCUCUGGUCCAGUCUUGUUAGGAGAUCUCUUAGGAUAAGGAUGAAGAAGAUCUGGAAUCCCAAAAGAGGAUCAGGGUGGCAGCAUGAUGGUAUCGCUCACCACAGAAGUUGUUGGCACACACCUGCUAUUGCUGUUUUUUCAGUCAGCAAGGGUUGCAUUCAGUUCCGCUCCUUUAUUUUCCCCCGAAAGUGUUUUCUUUUGAGAAACCCUUAAAGGAAGUAAUGGGCAAAAUAGCCCUGCUCCUCAUUGUUUUUCUGCCAGUUAGGCUUAAAUUCUAACUUAUUCAUUUUGGUUCAUUAAUGUCCAUUUCCAUACUUCUCUUGUUUACAGCCAUCAUUUUAUCACUGUCCUUGAAUUGCAUUAUAGGCCUCUUGUUUGGACCAAUUCCGUUGUCUUGUUUCUAUAUUGCACUUUUUCCCAUCAGCAUUUAGUGUUGUAGGAUAUUGUAACACUUUAUAAACUUUCUCACAGUUUUUACAAUUGAACUGCCAAUUAGGGUAAAUUUGUGGGCCCAAUUAUUACAACAGCAAGUUACUCCUUUGUCUCAGGUUUCUCCCCCCUUUAUCUAUUUGGUAUAUAAGCUCUUCAACAUCAGAGUGAUCUCUUUAUGUAGCACUUGGUGCUAUGAUACCACAAGCUCAGUUGUGCUGCUACAAUACAAAGUAACAGUCAAGUCCCAAAUAGCUUUCCCUCUUGUGUGUUGUGGAACUAGGGUGACAAGAUAGCAAGUAUUAAAAAAAAAAAAAAAAAAAAAUCGGGACUGGGGGGUGGAAGACAAUAGGUGUCUAUAUAAGAAAAAGCCUCCAAAAUCAGGACUGUCCCUAUAAAAUCGGGACAUGUGUUCACCCUAUGUGGAACCCACUGUCCAACAGUGAUUAUAAAUGAGUACUUUACAGUGCAGGAGAAAGGGGUUCUCUCAGUGAUGUUCGUUUGGUCCAUAUAAUGUCAAUCAAUGGCCUUUUGUCUUGGUGCAGAUUUUCCAGAUGCAGAGACCUGGGACUGGUCAGUAAUUGAAAGCUCCUUGGGCUUCUUCCUCACACAAAGCUCUUUCCCUGGAGCAGCAGGGGCGAGGAACCUGAGCAGGGCUGAGGGGCAGACUCCUGAGGAAGACUCUGGCAACCUGGAGUCACCCAGCCCUUUCCCAGGAACAUCAGUGGAGAGCCAUUCCCAGAAAACUGAGCGGGGAAGGCACCGCAAGAGGCAGUGCAGGCUCCAAAGGCAGAGGAAGCACCUGACUAGAAAGGAGUCAGGAACCCGAAGAGGCCAUCAGAGGAGAUCCAGGCCACAUCUAAAGCCUCCUGCAGAGGGAAAAGCUGGGCCCAGAAAAAUCCUAUAUACCUGCCGUGUGUGCAGAGAAGAAUUCAAGGUGCAGAGAGAUCUGAUAAGCCACCACUGGACGGUUCAUAGGAGUCAGAAACGGUAUCACUGUAGCGAGUGUGGGGAGAGCUUUAGGAGAAAGAAAGAUUUCAGAGCACAUGGGAAAGUUCACAGAAAGAAGAGAGCCCAUCCCUGUUCUGAAUGUGGGAAGAUAUUCAACCGGUUAUCGCAUCUCAUUGCCCACCAGAGAAUACAUACGGGAGAGAGACCCUAUUGCUGUGCUGAGUGCGGAAAAAGAUUCGUCGAUAUAUCAGCUCUUAACAGCCACAAGAGAGUCCACUCAGGAGAGAGACCCUUUGCCUGCGCUGAGUGUGGAAAGCGAUUUAUGAAUUCUUCAGCAUUUCGUAAUCAUCAGGCAGUCCACUCAGAAAAGAGACCCCAUCGCUGUAACCAAUGUGGGAAAGGCUUCAAACUUGCAUCAACUCUUACUAGGCACCAGAAAAUCCACAGCGAAGAGAGACCCUUCUUGUGUCAUGAGUGUGGGAAAAAGUUCUGCCUACGAGAACAUCUGAUCAGACAUCAGAUGAUCCACACUGGGGAGCAGCCCCAUUGCUGUGCUGAGUGUGGGAAAAAAUUCAGUCUCCUUCAAAGUCUCAGGAGACACUGGGAAAUCCAUAGCACGGAGAGACUCCAUCGCUGUGCUGAGUGUGGGAAAAUAUUCGGUCAUCCAAACAGUCUCACUAGACACAAGAGAGUACACACUGGGGAACUCUAUCGCUGCACUGACUGUGGAAAAGGCUUUGUCCGUCUACAACAUCUCACUCGCCACCAGAGAAUCCACACUGGAGAGAAACCCUAUUGCUGCACUGAGUGUGGGAAAAGUUUCACCCAAUUGUCAGGCCUUAUCAACCACCAGAGAAUCCAUUCAGGAGAGCGACCCUAUCCCUGCACACAGUGUGGGAAGUGCUUUGCUCACUCAUCAUCUCUCACUGAACAUCUGAAAAUCCAUUCAGGAGAGCGACCAUAUUCCUGCAUUCAGUGUGGGAAGCACUUUGCUCGCUCAUCAUCUCUUACUCAGCAUCGGAGAACCCACCCAGGAGAGCAACCAUAUUCCUGCACUCAGUGUGGGAAGCGCUUUGCUCGCUCAUCAUAUCUUACUAAACACCAGAGCACCCACUCAGGAUAGAGACUCCUGACCCUUGUUUUUGAUGGAGGGAACUUCUUCAACCUCUCACUUCACCCUGUUCCCAAAGCCUGUAAAAGAGGGAGAAGUUAAAACUUGCUCCCACUCUGAAAUGUUCCCACCUCUUCACUAAGUAGACACAAGUUUAGGUGCUGAAUUUGUUAAAAUUAUUUUGUGUAGUCCUGGAGAUGGAAGAAUUUAACCCUAGAGGUACUGAAACAUUCCAUUGUGGGCAUUAUGGGCUGCAGCUGGGACAGAGAUGAUUGGUGUCAGGACUGCACUUUGGAGUCCACAAAUCAAUCAAACAGCCACAAAACAAAUUGAUCAGCAGUACCAGGCCAGUGUCUCCCUGUUCCUCAAGUGGAGAAAUCCGUGGCUGUGCCUGUCUGUCGGAGGGCGAUGAUGAGAUGCGACUUUAUGUCACUGUUGUCUCAUCGUUCUUGGAGGGAAUAAAAUAAUACAAGAGAAUGAUGUGUCUGAAAUGGCUGCAUUGCCAUGUGUGUAGGUGAAGGCCUGCAAUUUUCCCUGCAGUGCUGACUUUAUCCAUGACUGCCUUUCUUUUUGGAGCAGGUUAUACCAGCUGCAUUUCAGUUCAAUUGUAAUAUUCUCUAAACUCUAGAAAUGGGGGUGUUAGGCUUUGAACUAGUAAAAAUCUCCCAGAAUAUUCUGUGCUCAUGCUAAUCUUUAUUGUGCUAAUUUACUAGUAGUUCAAUUGUUCUAACCUUUGUUCAUUGUAUAUGUGACAUCUGUCAGACGCAAGAUGUAUGCUCUGUUAAGGUUUGCCAAAUAUGAACUGUGUGCUAGGUACAGUUAGUGCAAAUGUGUCCUUGAUCUAAUGCUACUUGUGUGCUAUGGUCUAUUGCCAGCUAAACUGCAGUGUGCAUAAUUAGAUAAGAAAAGGUGUGUAAGGUCUGUGGAAUUUGGAAUUUUCUGUCUCCUAAAUGAGGAGAAUACAAUUAGCAGCUAAACUGUGCUCAUAGUUUGAAACAGAGUGAAGAUGUAACUGCUGCAAGACAGGUUUCAGAGGGUUGCUGUGUUAGUCUGUAUCAGCUAAUACAGUCAGGGUGAAUGUGGCCCAUUCCCAACAGUUGACAAGAAGGCGUGAAUAUCAGCAGAGGAAAAAAAAAUAUUUAUUGUAGUGCUAACGAGGCCAAUUCAAUCAAGGUGCCAGCAAUGCCCCUCUGCCAUGUACAUUGACCAAACCAGACAGUCUCUACGCAAAAGAAUAAAUGGACACAAAUCAUACCUUCUUAUCAACGGUUGAGAAUGGGCCACAUCCACCCUGAUUGUAUUGGCCUCGUUAGCACUGAUCCCCCACUUGGUAAAGCAACUCCCAUCUUUUCAUGUGCUGUCUAUUUAUACCUGCCUACUGUAUCUUUCACUCCAUGCAUCUGAUGAAUCGGGUCAUAGCCCAUGAAAGCUUAUGCCUAAAUAAAUUUGUUAGUCUCUAAAGUGCCACAAGGCCUCCUCUUUUUCCCCCCUGCAAGACAGUUCUCUAGAUUAGCCAUUUUUCCUGUUCUUAAUUUGUCUAAGAAAAAAGAAAGAUUAGUCAUAGAGAUUUCUUGAAUUGUAACUGUCCAUAUAAUUUAUGUGAAAACAUUACCUCUGGAUCUGCAACAAUUUAGUUGACUAUUGCUUUUGGUUGAUUUUUUUCCCCCCCAUGCAUGUGGUAUGGCUACUGUCAAAUUCAAUACAAAAUAGGAACGCGGGUAUGAUAUUUGGCAGAAUGUAGCCCAGACACGCAGUGUCAGCUCGGGGAAUGGCAUAUUCUUGUCUCACCACAGUGGCACUUAGGCU